AUGUUGAAGGGUGAAAUAUUAAUUGCAGUUGGUAGAGAUGCUAACAACCAAAUGUAUCCUAUAGCCUGGGGGAUUGUAGAGAUAGAAAACACUGAUUCUUGGCGUUGGUUUCUUGGGCAAUUGAAGUCUGAUUUAGGCAUUACUAAUACUUGUCAUUGGACUCUAAUCAGUGACCAACAGAAGGGUUUAACCCAUGUGAUUAAGAGUUGUUUCCUGACGCUGAGCAUCAUAACUGUGCAAGACAUGUGCACGCCAAUUGGAGUAAACUACAUAGAGAAACAAAACAGUGAGUUUAAAAAACAAUACCCUCCGAGAUUUUGGUGCAAGGCUUUCUUUAGAACAAGUGUGAAAUGUGAUAUUGUGGAUAACAAUCUGUGUGAGGCUUUUAAUGGCACAUUGGUGAAAGCAAGAGUGAAGCCCAUCAUCCCUAUGUUGGAAGACAUACGAGUAGGAGUGAUGCGAAGGAUUGCCAAAAAAAUUAAAUCGGUGGAAAGUUGGACUGGAAAUUAUAGACCAUUGGUCAUGAAGAAGCUAAAUACCAAUAUUCAUAAAAGUAUGGGCUGGAAGGUUGAUUUCAAUGGAGAUGAUGGCUACGAAAUUAAGAAAGGGAGACAACAGUUUAAGGUAAAACUUACAGGUAGAAGCUGCUCAUGCAGGGCAUGGGAUCUUUCAGGUAUACCAUGCCCACAUGCAAUAUGUGCCAUUUUCGACAUUGGAAGGGAACCUCAUGACUACAUUGACUCAUGCUAUUCAAAAGAGGCUUACCUAAGGACCUAUGCCCAUGCACUUCAACCAAUGAAUGGAGAACUAUUCUGGCCAAAGACACAGAAUGAGGAGAUACUUGCUCCAAUUCCAAAAAACAUGACUAGAAGACCAAAGAGAAAAAUAACACGUGAGGCAAGUGAGGGUCCAUCUCGUUCUAAGAAAAACACAUCAACUACCGGUAACACUACCUCUACAUCUGCAUAG